AUGAAGCUUUUGGAUAUUCAGACGGCCAUGGGCGCCGCGGUUUUGCUUCUGUCCGUCCCUUGCGAUGCGAAGCAUGGUCACGGCCUGUCGCAUUUGGGCGGCUUGAGUUCGCGACACAACCACCAACAUAAGAGACAUGCGUCGCCAAAUGUUGAAAGCAUUGAGGAUGGAUUGGAGAAGCGUGGAACUUGCCAGUUUCCUACAGAUGCUGGUUUGGUCUCCGUGCCUGGCGCAAGUAAUGGCGGGUGGGCAAUGAGUCCCGAUCAAUCCUGCACUCCUGGGAAUUACUGUCCUUAUGCUUGUCCACCAGGGAAAGUAAUGGCACAAUGGGACAAAUCAGCGACCUCAUAUACUUACCCACUAUCCAUGAACGGUGGCGCAUACUGCGACAACAAUGGUCAAAUCCAGAAACCCUUCACCAAUAACGAUUGGUGUGUUGAUGGAACCGGCACUGUUUCAGUCCAGAACAGCUGUGGCUCUGGCGUUUCUUUCUGUCAGACUGUCCUACCUGGGAACGAAGCCAUGUUGAUUCCUACCUACGUUGAAGACCAUGCUGUAUUGGCUGUACCAGAUACCACCUACUGGUGUGAAACUGCUGCUCACUAUUAUGUCAACCCUCCCGGAAUUGGCACUUCUGAUGCGUGCAUUUGGGGUAGCGAUUCAAACCCACAUGGGAACUGGUCUCCAUAUGUCUCGGGAGCCAACACUGACAGCUCUGGCAACACUUUUGUUAAGCUUGACUGGAAUCCAAUCUUCAUCGCAUCCGAACUUGCUGGAACUACUCCCACCUUUGGUCUCAAUAUCACUUGCCCUGGUGGAGGUUGCAAUGGCUUGCCCUGCUCUAUUGACCCAUCUGUGAAUAAGCCUGGAACUGUCACCAGCUCCGAUUCCAGCACUGGAGCAGGAGGUACCAGCUUCUGUGUCGCUACUGUGCCCAAGGGUGGAAAGGCCGUCAUUGAAGUCUUUGAAGUUGGCGGAUCAGGGUCCGGCAGUGGGUCAUCUAAAUCGUCGAGCUCGUCACCCUCCAAAGCCUCCAAAGCCUCCAACGCGGUUUCGAGCUCCAGUCCUCCAAGCUCUUCAUCAUCGCCCUCGUCUACUCCAACUCCUACCCCAUCGUCAACAUCGACCUCAAAGAUAUCUAGCACCAGCCCAAGCUCCAGCCCCAGCUCUUCCAAGCCUAGCCCAACGUCGACGUCGACAUCAUUGUCGACAUCAUCGGCCCCCAGCACCACUUCCAGUACCAUCUCCAGUACCACUUCGAGUUCCAUUUUGAGCACCACUUCCAGCAGCAUCAUUUUCAGCUCCAGCUCAUCUUCAAUCUUGACAACAUCUUCGGCCAGCAUCAAUAUUACUACCACCUCCUUGACCUCCACAUACUCUUCCGCAACCGCCAGUAACUCCCCUCAUGUUCUGUAUCAAAACGGUACUGCAACUGCACUCGUCACACCAAUAGCCACUGGUUCGUCAGGCAGCUCAGCUGUGAACAAUACUGCAUUGAGCACCAUGGCAAGCCCAACUUCCAAGCAUAACGCAGCUGGAGCGACGUUUGUUUCAGGCAGCACCCUUAUCUUCGGCGCCCUGCUUGCCAUCGCCUCUACUUAUUUCCUAUAA